AUAGAGCUCGAAAGCCGUCUCAUUUGGUUCACAUUUACUAUCCGAACCUCACAAAAGCACUGGCUUUGAUCUGUCAACAAUGACGAUCUGGUUCAAGUUCGGUUUAGCUGUUUUUAUUCUUUCAAUUAUCACAAUUCCGUCGGAAUCAGCGGUUUCGAGUGUAGAUCUAGGUUCGGAAUGGAUGAAAGUAGCAGUUGUGAAUCUGAAACCAGGGCAGAGUCCGAUUUCGGUAGCUAUUAACGAGAUGUCGAAGCGGAAAUCCCCAGCGUUAGUUGCAUUCCAAGGAGGGAAUCGUCUACUUGGUGAGGAAGCCGCAGGAAUUGUAGCUAGAUAUCCUGAUAACGUAUAUUCAAACCUUAGGGAUAUGAUCAGGAAACCACCGAAGUACGUGAAGGAUCUUCUUGAUUCGCAGUACCUACCAUUUGAUUUGGGGGAAGAUUCAAGAGGAGCAGCGGCUAUUAGGAUCGAUGAUGGUGUUACUGUUUAUUCUGUAGAGGAGUUGGUGGCGAUGAUUCUUAGUUAUGGAAGAAAUUUAGCUGAGUUACAUUCAAAGGUGCCUACCAAGGAUGCGGUUAUCACAGUUCCGCCUUACUUUGGACAGGCGGAACGGAAGGGGUUGCUUCAAGCUGCUGAAUUGGCUGGGAUUAAUGUGCUUUCGCUUAUUAAUGAGCACUCUGGUGCAGCUCUUCAAUAUGGGAUUGAUAAGAAUUUCGCAAAUGAGUCAAGACAUGUUAUAUUCUAUGACAUGGGUUCGAGUAGCACUUAUGCAGCUCUUGUCCACUUCUCGGCUUAUAACAUGAAGGAGUUUGGGAAGACAGUGUCCGUGAACCAAUUCCAGGUUAAGGAUGUUAGAUGGGACGCAGCUCUUGGUGGUCAACAUAUGGAAUUGCGGUUGGUUGAAUACUUUGCGAAUGAGUUCAAUAAUCAAGUUGGGAAGGGGGUGGAUGUAAGGAAAUCCCCCAAGGCAAUGGCAAAAUUGAAGAAACAGGUUAAACGUACAAAAGAAAUUUUAAGUGCAAACACUAUGGCUCCAAUAUCAGUUGAAUCUCUUUAUGAUGACCGUGACUUUAGGAGUACCAUUACUCGUGAGAAAUUUGAGGAACUCUGUGGAGACCUGUGGGAGCAAUCUCUUGUACCUAUGAAAGAACUUCUCAAGCAUUCUGGACUGAAGGUUAAUGAGGUAUAUGCAAUAGAGCUAAUUGGUGGUGCCACCCGUGUCCCCAAGUUACAGGCUAAGCUCCAGGAAUUUCUUGGGAAGAAGGAUCUGGACCGACAUCUGGAUGCUGAUGAAGCUAUAGUGCUUGGUUCAGCACUUCAUGCUGCAAAUUUAAGUGAUGGAAUCAAGUUGAACCGUAAGCUAGGAAUGAUUGAUGGUUCCUCAUACGGAUUUAUGAUUGAGUUAGAUGGACCUGAUCUUUCGAAAAAUGAGCGCACUAAACAGACACUUACACAGAGAAUGAAGAAAGUCCAUAGUAAGAUGUUCAGGUCCAUUAAGCAUGAUAAAGAUUUUGAAGUGUCACUUAGUUAUGAAAGUUCACAUCCAUUGCCUCCUGGGGUCUCUUCUGAUAAAUUUGCUCACUAUGCAGUUACUGGUCUCGCAGAUGCUAGUGAAAAGUAUUCUUCUCACAAUCUCUCUGCUCCCAUCAAGGCAAAUCUGCAUUUCUCUCUUAGCAGAAGCGGAAUACUUUCCCUGGAUCGGGCAGAUGCUGUUAUUGAAAUUUCAGAAUGGGUAGAAGUUCCUAAAAAGAAUUUCACUGUGGAGAAUGCAACUACAACUACUCCUAAUGUAUCAGUUGAAGCUGGCGCAGGGAACACUACAGAAGGAAGCAAUGGCAAUUUGGUCAGUGAUGGUGGGAGCAGUAACACAUCAAGUUCCAAUCUUGAAGAGAAAACCAAUGUGGAUUCUGUGCCCGAAAAGAAACUGAAGAAAAGAACCUUUAGGGUCGCAUUGAAGAUAGUCGAGAAUACUAUAGGUCCUGGAGUGUCUCUUUCCAAAGAAGCCCUUGCAGAAGCAAAACUUAGAUUGGAGGCUCUGGACAAAAAGGAUACAGAGCGAAGAAAAACUGCAGAGCUUAAGAAUAACUUGGAAGGAUACAUUUAUGCUACCAAAGAUAAGCUUGAGUCCUCUGAAGAGCUUGAGAAAGUUUCAACUGGCCAGGAACGACAGUCCUUAAUUGAGAAGCUUGAUGAGGGGCAAGAGUGGUUGUAUACUGAUGGUGAAGAUGCAUCAGCAACUGAGUUCCAGCAACGCUUGGAUUUGCUAAAGGUUGUCGGUGACCCAAUAUUUUUCAGAUUGAAGGAGCUUUCUACAAGGCCAGAAGCAUGUGAAGUUGCUCGAAAAUAUCUGCUAGAGUUACAACAGAUUGUAAGCAAUUGGGAGAAGAAUAAGCCUUGGCUUCCCAAAGCUAGAAUAGAUGAGGUUCUGGCUGAUGCUAACAAGGUCAAGAAUUGGUUGGAGACGAAGGAGGCUGAGCAAAAGAAGAUUUCUGGAUCUAGUACCCCAGCAUUCAGAUCUGAAGAAGUAUAUCGGAAGGUAUUCGAUCUCCAAGACAAGGUUGGCAGCAUUAAUAAAAUCCCAAAGCCAAAGCCUAAAGUGGAGAAGCCUCCAAAGAAUGAAACAGACAGUGGAGGUCAGGAGAGUGCAUACACUUCCAAUUCAAAUUCUGACGAGACUUCCACCCAAACUGACCAAUCGCCUGAAGACCCAACUGGAUCAUCUGGUGACAAAUUAGACUCAGAAACCGAUGGUUAUGAUGAAUUGUGAUGCAAAUUUUGAAGUAUACUGCCAGCCUCUUAUUAGCAGAUGUAGAUGGUUGUGGCUUCUGCAACCCCACGGCUUUGAAGGAAUUAGAGUUACAAAAAGAGACCUUUCUUGUUGGAGGUUUCGCAAAUGGUUCUCGAGAUCUUCAUUUGUGCAUCUUCGGGGAGCCUAAAGAAGGAGACUGUAUUGUCCUUUGCCUUAAUUACUUACGUAAUUAUGUAUGGGGAUCCACAGGGCAUUUGGCAAUGCAAUGAUACGGAAAAUUAACCUAUUAGCAAACAA